AUGCCGUCGAAAAAAAGAAAAUACAAUGCAAGAUUUCCAGCAGGGCGUAUUAAGAAGAUAAUGCAGACUGAUGAAGAAGUGGGGAAGGUGGCCCAGGCAUCAUUGCUGAGCAAGGCAAUGCAAGUAACAAUGCAGAGGAAUGCUAAGACUCUCAGUCCAUCACAUGUUAAGCAGUGCAUACUAGCUGAAUCUAGAUUUGAUUUUUUAAGGGAUUUGGUUAAAAAUGUGCCAGACGUGACAGCAGCAGAGGAGAAAGAGUUACAGAGUGGGGAGAGUUCACCUAAUUCUUCAAGAUUCUCAGACUCACUAUCUAAGAGGCUAGUCAGAGAUGAUUCAAACAGUUCGAGUAGCUCAGAUGUUAAGGUGACACCAUUGAUACCACCGAGAGAUUUCAACCAGUGCCUGUCUGUUGAAGCAGAUAGACCUGAAAUAGAAACAAUACCCGAAGCCAUAGAUCUAACGAAGAAAGAUAGUAAACCAAUUGUCACAGCAGCUAAUUUCUAUCAAGAAACUUUACCAGAUGAGGUACCGCAUAAAAGUGUGAUACAGCUGAACCCAACUUAUGCCAGUCCACAACCCUCAACGUCUAGCUACGCGAUUUUAAAAUCAGUUGACGUGAAAACAGAUCCCGUUUUCCCGCAACAGGACUCGUUCUUAAUACGUCAAGCGACACCCCCUUUAACACCAAUAACCCCAAUCACACCAAUUUUCAAUAUAGAUUUCACAAAAAACCUAGCCAAACCAGAAAUUAAAGUGCUAGAUGCGAAUGCUGUGAAAGAUAAGAAAGUGAUAAGGCAGAAUUCAAAGUCAAAAGUGAAAAAAAUUGAAAUUCCAAAGCCGGUUAUUCUAGAUAAUAUUACAACUGAUUUGCAAAUUGAUGAAGACUAUGAUACCUGA